AUGUCUAAUUAUCAUUGUCGUUUGGAAAUUAACCAUGCUUACCAAGAAAUUGAAAAAGAGUUAGGCAAUUCCGAAAUAAAAUUAGUUAGUCCUAGUGUGGUGCGAGUUAUCCAAGGGGGAGGGGAAAUUAACGAGGAUUUAAAGCAAGCCAAAAUUAUUUUCUUUCCGAUAAAUAAUUCGGAAAGUCACGAGACAGCAGAUACGGGAAGCCAUUGGACUUUGUUGGUUUGUGAUAAUAGAGCAAGAGUAGGUGCUUUCAGUCAUUAUAAUUCGGCUGGUCCUGCUGUUCCGAAUAGUGCUAAGAAAGUAGCCGAAAAUUUUUGUCAGAAAUUAGGCACGGACCAAGAGUAUUUGCCUCCUGCAAUUUAUAACGACCACGAUUUUCCACAACAAACUAACAGUGCCGAUUGUGGAGUUUAUGUAAUCGCUUUUACACGGGCUUUGGCAAAAAGGUCUCAAAAAGGUAAUUAUAAUGCUGGUUUGAAAGCCGAAGACCUAAUUUUUUCCAUUGCUGAAGAAAGACAAAAAUUAAAAGCGGCUGGUUUUCCGAAAAAAGGUUCGCCCGGAAAAGAUUAUGAUAUUGGUGAUGAUGUGGCUUAUACCGAGGAGGAGGAAAAUCAGCAACUUUUCGACCUUGCCACUUCACCAGACAAAGCGGCUAAUAAUUUUAAAGAGUUCAGCAAAAAAGUUCGCUUAUUAAGUGGUAAAAGUCUAACAAAGGACAAAUUACAAAAAGUAUACCGCCUAAAAAAGAUUUUAAAAGCCUGUAGUUUAUUGUCAGAAGAAUUAAAAAAAACUAAAUCUUUUGCUGGGGAAAAUAAUUUUGGGGAUAAACUAACCGCAACCGAAAAAAAUUUCAUUAAACAAAACAUAAAUAAAGAAACAGUGGAGGAAAUAAACAAUUUAUAUAAUCUUUAUUUUCCAGGAGAGUAA